AUGAAGAGCUAUCUGGGAUUGGAGACGCUCGGUAAUGACAAGGAGGGCUGCCUGCAGGAUAUUCACUGGGCGUCUGGGUCUUUCGGGUACUUCCCGACGUACUCCCUUGGCGCAAUGCUGGCAGCGCAGCUCAUGAACUCUGUCCGGAGGGAGCUCGGGGAAGAGGUUGUUGAGAAUUGUAUUCGCAAGGGCGAGCUUGGCAAACUGUUUUCGAAACAGAAUGAGAAGAUAUGGCAGCACGGCUGCUCACUGACAACAGACGAGUUGAUCAAACAGGCCACUGGAGAGACCCUCAACCCUGAGCACUACCGCAAGCACCUCGAGCGUCGCUAUCGUGAUGACAGCAACUAG